AGAAACAGUUUGUUUGACCUGUAUAGUUUCUCCCAAUCUGAAAUUUGAUGAUUGCACUCUUUGGUGCUAUUUUACAUGUUCUUCUGUCUCAGAGAUGUUCUGUAAAUUGGUAGUUACCCCUACAGACUUGAUCAGAUUUAGAUACCUUUUCUUUUUUAAUGUAGUCUACAUUUCAGAGAUUUUUAUAUAAAAAUUCUGAUUUGGGCUUCAUUGGGAAAUUCUGUAGAUCUGGCUGGCAUUCCCACUUGGCAACAGUUGGUCUGGGGUUGGGCAGUGACCACACCCACUCCCCGUUUAGGUGGGACAGGAAUCCUCCUCUAGGCUCCAGUUCCCACUACUUCCUGCCUGGCUCCCAGGUGCACUGGAAGUUGACACCCCUGUUCUCAACACUGUCCCUUCACCAGCUUUCGUAGACUUCUCGACACUAUCACAAGAGGCCUUUCAGGAAUGUGGUGGAGAUUAGAGAAAAUGAUUUGGACAGGGACUUUCUUAAAAUGUCUGAAGGGGAAGAGAUAAGCAACCAAAUAAGGGGAAGCUAAGUGGUAGAAUUUGGUGAGUGCCUAGGAUGAGGGAAACAGAAGAAAAGUAAGACAACAAAUUAAGAGUGCCACAAAUAUUGGAGGCAGACCAAGUUAUAGACUCCUAACCCAUGCAGGGAAACAAAAAAAACAAGUGUGUUUAAAGCGACAACACAUUAUGUCUUUUUAUAUAUUAUGGCGAUAGUGAAACCUUAAAAAUGAAAGAGAAGGGGGCAAUCAAUGUGGAACUGGCCAACAGUCCUAACUUAGGGCAGGCAGGUGGCUGGGGCGUAACAGAGAUCACAUGGGGAUUAAAGGGAAUGAGGUGGAAAAUGUGAGGAAAGCCUCCUAGAAAAGGACCAGGAGCAUGCUAUGGAGAUGUUGGAGAACUGGUAGAAAUGUAAGAGAGGAGAGAAUCUUGGAAGUCUUAGAAUUUUUUUUUUUCUGAUUUGUAAAUGUGUUGAAAUGAAAAGUAUUAUGAAGAUAGAGAAAAAUAAAUCACAUUUAGUUGUUUCGAAAAGAAUAAACCCUUACAGAAAAUAAAAUUAUGACAAGUUAGGAUGUUCCUGGAAAUUUCCAGAUAGUUCCCCAUACUCAGAAGAAUGAUUAAGAGAGAGAAUCAGUGACUGGUUUUGAGGAAGGGUGGAAAAUUUUGAAGGAUGAGCUGAUUAUGUAAGUUUUAGGCUAUGGUGCUUAAAACUGUUGCCAUGAUAUUUUAGUUAUUAAUAACAAUUUUGGGGAAAUCUACUCAAUUCUGGAGAAACUUUUGCCUCUAAUGAGAAAGAAAUGCCACCGUUUGUGAAUUCCCAAGCAGAUGUAAGGAGCCAUUCACUUGGUAAGCUUCUUAGGAAAGCCAGAGCCGAUUUCACCUUAACAAGCUGUUGACAGCAUCUGAUCAAGGUACCACCUGGAAUAUGUUAGCAGCCCCAAGAAAUGGACUGUGGAGUCAGACCUGUGUUUAAAUCUUCUACGUCACUUACCAUGUGACCCUGGCAGCUUACCCAUGGAAAAUUUCUAGGGUAUAAAGGUUGCUUUAUACACAGUGGCUCUGAUUCUUACCACCUGAAUGGCAGGAACUUCGAACUCUGAAUACUUGACUUCCAGCACUAACAGCCACAACAGCUGACACUCCCAGAGCACAUACUGUGUGCCAGGCACUGUUGUAGAUGCUUCACAUGUAUUAUCCCAUUUAACUAUCAAAAAAACCAAUGAGGUAGGCAUACAUUAUAAUUAGCCCCAUUUUAUAGAUGAGAAAGUUGAGGCUCAGCGAGAUUCAGUAACUUGCCCAAAGUUACACAGUGAGUGCCCUCGUUAGUCACAAAGCUGGGCUUUAAACCCAGGCAGGCAGAAUCCACAGACCAAAAUGCCUUGCUUUACCCCUUCCCACCUUACAAUCCCAGGGAAGCAGAGACAACAAUGCCCUAUAGUGGCACUUCCCAUCCAUGGUUCCUAAUUCGUGUACUUCAGUUUUCAUGGAGGUCUCCAAAUGAUUUUUCUGAGUUCCCAAAAGCUUCAGUGGAAACAUUGCAAUCAGACCACAAGUUUCUUUAGGUUGGAAUCCACAAGUAACAACGGGUUAGCUCAGGUUUUGUAGAAGCUCUGAUUGGCAUUUACAUAAACAAAUACAUUGCAGCAUUGUUUUUUAAGGGGGAAGAUGAAUCAUUAGUUAAGAAAUGCAAUUUAGUGGAAUAGAUGUUUCUAAACGUGUGGUCUACAGUGAGAGAAUAAAGGGUGCCUGGCUUUGAGGAGGUGGGAAAUUACUAGUGUACAUGUGUAUGCAUGUUCCCAAGCUUCCAGCCUUCAAAACCCUGCCUUUAUUUUUAAAUUACAUGAUUCUGUAAUUUGACUUUAAGUCAAUGUAUUUUGCCUUGCUUAUUUAAAAUGUCUUGCUGGCUUUGUAUUUAAUAUUGGAAUCUACUUUAUUCAUUAAAAUGAUCACAUUCCUAAAACAUGGUCAGGAACUAGAAUGCAGAAUUACAAAAUUGUAUUCUAAGCUAAAAUGGGAUGUAAGUCAAGCAAAGAAUAGACUUUUUAUCCUUUUAAGUUGCAACUUGGGACUGAAUCACUUUUUAAAGAAAAUUUUAAAAUACCAAAACACGGGGAACACAGAUGAAUUUUUAAAAACAAACAAAACCUGUAUACUAGUGCACUAAGCUGUUAGCUCCACAAGGGGAGUUUGUGGCAGGCCUCAGUAAAUAUUUUUUCAAUGAGCAGUGCCUGAAUCUUGGAAGAAAGAUCCUAGCAGACAGUCAGUGCCCUUUAUGUAGAAGGACUGGGUCUUUUGGUGAAAACACCUUGGGAAAAUCAAUCUAGGCCUCUUCUGACAGCCAUGGGAAAGCACAGGUGACACCUAUGCCUGAGAAUUUGUUUAAAUUAAAACUGCGCUCGACUUUCUCAGUUUCCCGCCGCUCUCAGACGUGCAGGGUUUGGAUGCUGUCUGGGAUCUGGAUCCGGAACCCAGAGACCCUUCUGCGGACCCAGGCGUUGCUCUGGUAGUGACUAGGCUGUGUGGCCGUGGGACCUCUCACUGGGUCGUCCUUCUGGCAGGUUCUGAAUCGCGUUCUCCCCUUAGAAGGCGAAGCCGGAGGCAGCUGCCCCCUUGGUGGCGCCUGGGGCCUCGCGGGGCCGUCGUGGGUACCGCGCCCCCCAUCGCACCCAGAUUUUGAUGUGGAAGAGAUGGAAGACUCAGAACCAAGGAUUUCCAAGUGAUUUCUUCCAAAACACGAGAAACUAACUCUGUUAAGACUGGUCUGUUCUGACUGAGAUGACAGUCAUGUCCCUUUCCAGGGACCUCAAGGACGACUUUCACAGUGACACAGUGCUGUCCAUGUUAAAUGAGCAGCGCAUUCGAGGCAUUUUAUGCGAUGUCACGAUCAUCGUGGAAGACACCAAAUUUAAAGCCCACAGCAAUGUCCUGGCUGCUUCAAGCCUUUAUUUCAAAAAUAUCUUUUGGAGCCAUACAAUCUGUAUUUCCAGCCACGUCCUGGAGCUGGAUGAUCUCAAAGCUGAAGUGUUUACAGAAAUCCUUAAUUAUAUCUACAGCUCCACGGUUGUCGUCAAGAGACAGGAAACAGUCACUGAUCUUGCAGCUGCAGGGAAGAAGCUGGGGAUAUCCUUCUUGGAAGAGCUUACUGAUCGCAGCUUCACAAAUUCUCCAGGUCCCUAUGUAUUCUGCAUUACGGAGAAGGGAGUGGUUAAGGAAGAAAAAAAUGAAAAAAGGCAUGAAGAACCAGCUAUCACGAAUGGGCCAAGGAUCACAAAUGCGUUUUCCAUCAUUGAAACAGAAAAUAAUAAUAACAUGUUUUCUCCACUGGACUUGAGGGCAAGUUUCAAAAAGGUCUCCGACUCCAUGAGAACCACUACUAGCCUUUGCCUGGAGAGGACCGAUGUCUGUCACGAGGCAGAGCCUGUCCGCACCCUGGCGGAACACUCGUAUGCCGUUUCUUCCAUGGCUGAGGCGUACAGGAGUCAGCCUGCACGUGAACACGAUAGCAGUUUACCUGGGAAAACAGGUAAAGAAAAUGGUGAAGCUCUUGUGGCAAAACCGAAAACAUGCCGAAAGCCAAAGACACUCUCUGUACCCCAGGAUUCUGAUUCACCUACAGAAGAUACAGCACCCCCUCCGGUAACCAACUUGGAGGUGAAUCAAGAAAGUCCACAGCCAGCUGCAGGUCUUUCUCAUUCAAAAUCUCCCGACAAUGAAGCAGACGUCCCCCUUCCGAGGGAAGAGGAAAACAAAUCCUCCGACAUUCCGGCGCCGCCCCCAGCAGAAGUACCCCCUCUCGUUUACAACUGUAGCUGUUGUUCCAAAUCUUUUGACAGCAGCACUUUGCUCAGUGCCCACAUGCAGCUCCACAAGCCCACCCAGGAGCCUUUAGUGUGCAAGUACUGCAACAAACAGUUCAGCACGCUGAACAGACUGGACCGGCACGAACACAUCUGUAUGCGGUCAAGCCACGUGCCCGUUCCCGGAGGAAACGAGCGCUUUUUAGAAAACUAUCCUACCAUUGGACAAAAUGGAAAUUCAUUCACAGGUCCAGAACCUUUAUUACCAGAAAACAGGAUUGGCGAGUUUUCCAGUGCCGGAAGUUCCUUGCCAGAAGCGGACCACAUGGUUAAAUUUGUUAAUGGACAAAUGCUCUACAGUUGUAUGGUAUGCAAACGCAGUUACGUGACUUUAUCCAGCCUCCGACGACAUGCAAAUGUUCACUCAUGGAGGAGAACAUAUCCUUGCCAUUACUGCAACAAAGUAUUUGCAUUGGCUGAGUACAGGACAAGACAUGAAAUUUGGCAUACGGGAGAAAGGCGGUACCAGUGCAUUUUCUGCCUUGAAACUUUCAUGACCUACUAUAUACUCAAAAACCACCAGAAGUCUUUCCAUGCCAUUGACCACAGACUUUCCAUCAGUAAAAAAACAGCAAAUGGAGGCUUGAAGCCUAGUGUUUAUCCAUAUAAACUUUAUCGGCUAUUGCCUAUGAAAUGCAAGAGGGCUCCUUAUAAGAGCUACCGCAAUUCUUCCUAUGAAAAUGCUCAAGAAAAUAGUCAGAUAAAUGAGCCUGUGCCUGGUCCCUAUGUUAUUCAGAAUCCACACAGCUCUGAAUUACCUACACUGAAUUUCCAAGACAGUGUAAACACCUUGACCAGCAGCCCAGCCACCCCAUUGGAAACAUCCACAUGCCAGGAUGUAUCCACUUCCGCCAGUGUACCAAAUGCAGAGGGUACCAAAUGGGGAGAGGAGACGCUGAAAGUCGACCUUGACAAUAACUUUUAUUCAACUGAAGUGUCAGUUUCUUCCACUGAAAACACCCCUGGUUCCGCCCUCCCGGUGGGAGAUGUGCCCGGUUUGCCCUUGAGUAAUGGCAGUGAGAACUCAGCCUCCGUGAUCAGCUACAGCGGCUCAGCGCCUUCGGUCAUUGUGCAUAGUAGCCAGUUUUCGUCAGUGAUCAUGCACAGUAACACUGUUGCUGCCAUGACGAGCAACAGGAAGGCCCCUUCAGACCCGACUGUCGGUCAGUCCCGGAGAGAUGACAGCAAACCUGAGCCAGAGAAAGUGGGUAGAGUGGUCAGCAGACCCAAAAGCAUUAAGGAGAAAAAGAAACCUAUACCAGGUAACAGGGGAGAAACACCAGAGGAAUCGAAAUACGACACUGAUCCGGGAGGGUCGUUGAGCAAAACCACAAAUAUCACUAAAGAAACCGGUAAAACUGAAACGUACAUCGCAAAGCCGGCUCUGCCUGGGACCUCCACCAGUAGCAACGUGGCACCCCUUUGCCAAAUAACAGUGAAGAUUGGAAAUGAAGCCAUUGUGAAGAGGCAUAUUCUGGGCUCUAAAUUAUUCUGUAAAAGGGGGAGACGGUCCAGUUAUCAAGUGCAGGAGGAGACUUUGCCACAGGAGAAUGAUGCAGAUGCCAACAGAGACAGCCCACUUGGGCUUUGUCAGACCGAAUGUGUGGACCUGAGCGAAAUGUUUGAUGAUGCAAGUGACCAGGACUCCACGGACCAACCUUGGCGCCCUUAUUACAACUACAAGCCCAAGAAGAAAUCCAGGCAGUUGAGAAAAAUGAGGAAAGUCAACUGGAGGAAAGAGGAUGAAAACAGAAGCCCAAGCAGUAAGUGUAAAUACCCGGCAGAACUGGACUGUGCGGUGGGGAAGGCUCCUCAGGAGAAGGCCUUCGAGGAGGAAGAAAAUAAAGAGAUGCCCAAGUUGCAGUGUGAGCUCUGCGAUGGUGACAAGGCCUCGGGGGCUGGAAGUCAAGGAAGGCCCCACCGGCAUCUCACUGCCAGGCCUUAUGCCUGCGAGCUGUGCGCCAAGCAAUUCCAGAGCCCUUCCACACUCAAGAUGCACAUGAGGUGCCACACGGGCGAGAAGCCAUACCAGUGCAAGACCUGCGGGCGGUGCUUUUCCGUGCAAGGAAACUUACAGAAACACGAACGCAUCCACCUGGGCGUGAAGGAGUUCGUCUGCCAGUAUUGCAACAAGGCCUUCACAUUGAACGAGACCUUGAAAAUCCAUGAAAGAAUCCACACUGGCGAGAAGCGUUAUCACUGUCAGUUCUGCUUUCAGAGUUUUUUGUAUCUCUCCACAAAAAGGAAUCAUGAGCAGAGGCACAUGCGGGAACAUAAUGGAAAGGGCUAUCCCUGCUUCCAGUGCCCCAAAAUUUGCAAAACAGCGGCUGCCCUUGGAAUGCACCAGAAGAAACACUUAUUCAAAAGCCCAAGUCAGCGGGAGAAGAAUGAAGGUGACAUGUGCCAUGAAGACUCAGAUUUCCUGGAGAACCCACAUGCCAUCGAUUCAGACGGCAGUGACCAAAAAGAUAAUGUACAAACUGUUGCUGAAAAAGUCCUUUAAGUGGCAAUACUUAGAAAGAUCUUCAAAAUAUAAGUUGGUGGGUUGUUGGUUUGUUUUUUUGUUUUGUUAGGUUGGCUUUGUUUGGGGUUGUUUUUUCUUUUUUGUUUUUUUAAUUUUGUUCAUACAACAGUCAUGAAGGAGUGAAACGUAAAAAAGAAAAUCUCAUUUCUGAAAAUUCCAGAAAAAGGAUCCUAAUAGCAACUUAGGGUUUUAGCAUUAACUUCAUGCAAAAGUGCACAAAAAUGAAAUAGCUGAAUCUUCCAAUAUCCCAAGUAUCUUGUGAAAGUUUAUGAAGUUCUUAGCUGUGGUAUUCCUGCCAGUAAAAUAAAAGAGCUUAACUUUAGCCUAAUUUAAAACUCUCUAGUAAGUGCUAAUAGGAACUGGCUGCUGAACUGUCUUUAGUCACUGGAGAAAAUAAGGGUCAAAUACCAUGAAAAGGACACAUUCAUAAAACUGUUAAAAGGUAAAUGAGCUAUGACAGUCAUUAUUCCCAUCCAGCUUCUGCACUAUUAAAAAUUGUUUAAAUUAAUGGAUACAUAUGAAAUACUUAAUAUUAUAGUUGAAAAUAUGUGUGAAAUGAGUAACCUAAGUAGGACAUUCAUACAUUAUCUAGAACUACUUUUCUAGAACACAAAACUUGUAAAAUACAUAUAUAAAUCACUAUGACAUUUUUAACUGUCCAUGUCCCCUGUAGAGAAUUAUAAUGAUGAGCAAUAGAUCUGCAAAUAACAAGGACUAAUGGAAAAAUCCAUAGAAAGCAUUUUGAAUAUGAUUUAAGAGCAUAUGUAUGCUUUUAGAUGGAAUGCUUCUCUUGAAGUUACAGCUGAGCUAUUGUUACAACUUGUCUAGUCAAGUCACAGAAAACAUAGGUCAUGCCUUAUCUGUGGGGGAGAGCCUUCCCAGAAUGUACCUGUGGUUACCUGUGCUGCGUAUUACUUUGCAAUGGCCUCACAUCAGAAAAUGAAGAUCAGAUUCUUCUGCAACUCCCUGCAGUCUUCCAUCCAUCACAAGGCCAUGGAUGUGGAAGUUUAUGCCAGACAGACUUAACCAGCCUCAAGGGUUCAAGUAAAACCUGACACCUCCCAUUCCACUUGAGGCGUGUCUGGGAAAUUUAGCAGGAGGCACACACACAGUGGUGCAUUUCCAGGCACUUGAAAGUAGCAGAUAGCCUAAUCCCUACAAUUAUUAGCCUUUGUGGAGGCUGCGCAGCCCACAAACAUACACUAGUAUAAAACAGGAGGACAAGAGAAACAUACUCCCUGCCCCACCCAUUAAUGACUUGAGUGGGCAAGAACCUCCUUGCCCCAAACAGUAGCUUUGUCUUGGUGGGUGUGGGGAGGUAGAAUAUGGAGUGAUAAGAUUCUAUCUCCUACUUAUAUGAUUCAAAUAUACCCACAAAGCCAGAUUCCUUGUCUUCAUCUUUGUAGACAUCCAGCUCCCUUGCUAAAAACUCAACAAGUUUUUUAAUGUUCUUUCAUGCUGACCCACACCAUUAACAACAUUGCCCUCAAAGUCUGAUUGCCCUAUAGGAUGUUCCAUCAUGUGGACUGGGUUCUUGGGAAGCUGGAACUCAUCAUUCUUACUUUUUAAACUGCCAGAAUAGUAGAGAGAGAGAAAACAUUCCUACCCUUUGAUCACCAGUAUGAGCAGGAUCCGGGACCUGCAGCCAUUCAUGUUCAUGGGAUUUGAUAGACGGAAACCCAAGGUUAUCCAAGGUCGCAAGGUCACCAUUAUGAAGAAAUAACUCAAGGACUCCAGUUUCUCUCUCCACGUGUUGUGAUGUCUCCACAAAGACUUAACAUUGAUUUGGGUGGGCAUGAAAGCAUUUAACACCCAGAAAAGGACAUGAUCAAAGCUGACCUUUUUAUACUGUAGUACUUGGCUGUUAAGUAACCCCAAUAUUGUAUCUGCACUUAUCUUUUCUUCUUUUGCUUACAUACAGUAUUAUGUACUAGAGGAAACUGGGAAAACACAAGCGGAUUCAACUUUAUUUUAAUCAUUGUAUAUAUGUGCAUCUGCACUAUUCAUUUGAGUUUUGUGAAAGAGAUAGUCACAAAGGGCUUAUGAAAAUCAUUUUCGAAUUGAUAAUAAGAAUAUUGAAUAAGCAAUCCUGUGAUCUACUAAUUUGUUUAAUCUCAAUUAGGAUUAUGAAUCAAAGAGAAUUACUGUGCAUUUUACUCAUUUUGAUUUGAGGUAACUCCAAAUAUAAAAUUAUUACAUGUAGUGAUGUCUCCCAGCCCUUAUGUGUGGAAAUUUUUUAAGUGGACUUGUAUGCUGAUAAUUCUAGACCAAAGUAAAUAUGGCAGAAUAUUUAUACAUGAAAAAAUAAUUUUGCAAAUAUUUUCUAUAAUUGUAUUAUUCGUUUAAAAUGUUGAUAGCUUGUGUUAGUUUCAGGGAGGGGUGUAUAUUUUGAUAAAAAAAUACUUGACUUUGUAAUUCUGUAUAUUCUAUACAAUUUAUAGCAGAGCCGUUUUAAGACAGCCUUGUCACAUUUUUUGUUAAUUGUGAAAACUUUAUGAGUGAUGUUUAAGUAUGCAUUGAGUACAUAACGACCAACUAGAAUUAAAGUAAGUGUAAACAGUGAACAUACUGUAUGCUGUACAAGAUAUAUUGUAAUUGCUGUUUUAGCAUCUGUAUUUUGGUUAGAAGAUAUUAUAAAAUGCAGAUGUUAAGGGUUGGAAAAAUCUAAUUUUAUUUUUAGAAAUAAUGAAUAUAAAUUUGGUUUUGCUUGAUUAAAAUAGCUUAUUCCUA